AACAAAUAUAUGAUGUAUAUAUUUACUUGUUUCAGGCAACAAUGUAUGGAAAUGCACAUCGCCUGUUCCUUCAGAUACUGACCGCUCGUCGGGUGCUUCUUGGACCAGAAGCUAAAAGCACCUAUGAAAAAUGUUGUGCACAAUUUAAUGUUGCCGCUGAUAAUUUACAAGAGUUUGUGUUGGACAUCAACCAGCAGCUGGAGGUGAUGCACCUGGCAGUACGCAAGUCCAUACAGGAGGACUCACUAACAGACACCCAAUGCUUUGUUCUGGUCAACUUGGUCAACUCAGAUGCUACCAA